AUGGUUUCUCAAAUUGAAGUCAAAUUUGACAUUGAUGCCAAUGGUAUUCUCUCUGUCACCGCUGUUGACAGCGGUACAGGGAAGAAGCAAGACAUCAUGAUUACUGGCGCUAGCAUCUUUCCCAGUGAUGAGGUGGAAUUAUCAGGCAGAUUCGGUUGUCUACCAGACAGAGAAGCAACUAAAGAGCUUGGAGCCCUGUCAAAGAGAAAGUUGAGGCAAAUUAUUAGGGCUAAAGGAUCAAUUUCAGGAGGCUCUACCGAGGGAAUGAAAGAUUUCUUGCCUGCACUUAAUCAAGAAGUCAUGCAUCUUGGCCAGUCCCUUCAAGACCAGCCGGUGCUGGACCUGCACCCUGUACCUGGGGCUGGGUGGGGCUGGGGCUGA